CUGUUUGUUUUAUGAGAAAAUAAAUGAAACCUCUUCUGAAAUUUCAUUUUUCUUUCAGAUUUAUCAUCAAUUAACUGUUCACGGUCAUCAACUCUCACUAAACCUCACUACAAGUUUGAUUCGAUAUGGAUAUUUCAAGCCCUGCAGCUUUUGUUAAUGGAGGAUUGCUACGGAUGCACUUGGGACGUAAGGUGCGAACUGUGCUUCAGGUUACCCAGUCUGAUAUCGCAUCUGUGAUGGGAAAGUCUACGGAUGGUUACCAGCUUGUUGCAAAAGGAUCUCCACCUGUUCCUCUUACAAGUUAUGUUGAGGUUGUUGGUGUUGCUGAAAAUGAAAAUACCAUCCGAGCUGAAUUAUGGACCAACUUCGGUGACACAUUUGAUGCAUCCAGCUAUGACCAACUCUGUCAGCUAGCAAAUGGAGAGUUCAAACAACUGUUCCUCUAGUUUGCGCAUUUUCUUUAUCAAAAGAAAGCUUCUAGGUAGAAUUUUAUAUGAUAGAAUAUGCUCAUUCUAGUUGUUUGAUACUUCAUGUAGAAGUCUCCUUGUAUUGUUUGUUUUC